AUGGCAUAUCUGCUGUUCAAGUACAUCAAACGGAGGGUCAAGGAGAGCAAGGCACGAAAAGAAGGUUUACCAACAACAGACGAGAUUCACCUAUCUCCAUAUGCAUCGCCCCCAUCAACGGCGGGCGACACAGCUCAAGAUGCCCUGACUGGUGAUGGGGCUGCCCCCACAAACCAAACAUCCCACGUCACCAAGCCGCACCCCACAGAGAACCCAGUCGAACAUGAGAGACUUCGACAAGAAUCUAAGAGGAUGGCAGCACGUCGUUGGAAGUUAAUCCUCGGCUUGGUGCUUCCAAACUUCCUCGCCGCAGUCGAUGUGACUAUCGUAGCUCCAGCGAUACCCCAGAUCUCGUCGCAUUUCAAUCACUUGAGUGGAAGCUUCAACUGGAUUGUCGCCGCGUAUACGCUCACCUUCACAACAUUCGUCCCAGUAUCAGGCCAGCUCGCCGAUGUCUACGGAAGACAUGGUGCUCUUCAAUGGCAGAUGUUUUGGAUCAUGAUAGGCAGCGUAUUCUGCGCAUCUUCUGUCACGUGGGGGAUGCUGCUGUUUGGACGAGCGUUACAGGGAAUGGGAGCUGCGGGUAUUCUGAAUCUGACUCGCAUCAUCCUGUCCGAUGGGAUGAGUCUCGCGGACAACUCGAAAAACAACACUAUCUUCAGUCUGAUCAACGGCAUCAGUUAUGCCGUGGGCCCCAUUCUUGGAGGCUACCUCGCUAACUCAAGCUGGCGCUACUGCUUCGUCGUUCCCAUCCCCAUCGCCUUCCUCUCCCACAUCCUCAUCUUCUUCCUCAUGCGAAGUGAACUCAAGAAAGGUCGAGUCAACCUCCAACCCGGCGACUCCAGACGCACAGGCUACAUCUCCGGCCUAGCUCAAAUCGACUGGAUUGGCAUGAUAACCUUUAUCUUCGGCAUCGGACUCAUAAUACUUGCCGUCCAAUGGGGCGGAACCUCUUAUGCCUGGUCGUCUGCCGCCACCAUCGUCCCCCUCAUCGUCGGCGGCAUACUCGUGAUCAUAUUCUUCACCCACGAGUACCUCCUCGGGCCCGGCCGCCUCAUGGCGCGCAUCUUCACCCGCCAAGUCGCCAUGAUCCCCUCGACACUAUUCCGCAAGAAAGACGUCACGCUCCUUAUGAUCAUCAACUUCUCUGCCGGCGUGUCGCUUGUCUCAGCUUUCUAUUUUGUGAGUUACUACUGGCAGUUGGCAGAGGGCUACUCCUCCUCCAAAGCCGGCACCCAGCUCCUGUACUACACCCCUGGUCUCGGUGUGGGCGUAUACACCACGCUCCUCAUGUGCAACGUCUGGCCCAAGCAGACCUUCUAUCCGCUCUUCAUCGGGUCGAUUGUCGAAGCCGUCGGUCUGGCCGCAAUGACGUGGGCGAUUUCUGCAAGAAACACUACUCUUGUUAGCGUCUUCCUAGCGGUCGCGGGAGCUGGCACGGCCUUCAGAUUCAUGCCUGUUGUGCUACACGCAGCGGGGAUUUGGCCAAAUCGCCUAGCAGCUAUGCAGAGUGUGCUGAGCUUUACACUGCCGCUGGGCGAGACGCUGGGCAUUUCGAUGAUGGGUGCAGUGUUCAGCAACAAGUUCGCGCAAUACCUGCGCGCCAUCGCUCCCGGGAAUAGUUCUUCGAUCAACGGCGGCUCGACGGGCCUUACGAGCCUCGACUCGCUGGCCAGUCUACCGCCUGCCGAACAGGAAGCUGUUCGCGACGCUGCUGCAAGGGCUAUCAUGUGGGGUUUCAUCUCCGUGCUGCCCUUCGUAGGUCUCAGCAUUGUGGCAUCGGCGUUCUUGGGUAAUGUGUGGAUUGGGAAUCCGAAGAAGGUAGCGGAUGACGGCAAAGUGAAGAAAGAGGAGAAGAAGGGCAUGGUCAUGACGAGUCCGUUCUUGCUUGCUGUGUGUACUGGCAGUGUGCACUCGAAUCGGAAGGAAGUCGAUCCUGUGGCGGAGCAGCAGGAGGGGCUGCUCGAACGGGAGAAAGUGCAGGAUGUUGAAGCUGCGGAGGUGAUGCCUGCACAGGCGGCGCAUAUUAGAGGCGGGGAAGCGUAG